AUGGUUGGCAAGGCUCCCAGUGAAGGUCAGAAGGUCGAUCUCGGCCAGAACGCUCCCUCCAAGGUUGAGGGUGCCGGUGUGGCCACCGAAGGCUCGCUCGCUGCCGAAUCCCUCCAGGAGAACGGUGGCUUUGCCGCCAACAAGGGCAUCCACGGCGAGAACACGUCCUCCAACGCUUCCACCACCGCCACCCUAGGCUCAGCCCCCAACGCCAUGUCUCGCGGCGAGGCCAACGACCGUACCUCGGGCAACGCCGCCUCCUACGACGAGGCCACCAACUCUGGCUCCUUCGCCGAGGGCCAGAAGGCCAAGAGCAACGCUGGCGCUGCUCCCACAUACAUUGCCUCCCAGUACGCCGUGGAUCAGUCCGGUCCCCACGGCAAGAACAUCACCGAGGGCUUCGACGAUGCUGGCGUCCAGGACGGUACCCAGAAGGCCUUCAACGCCGCUGUGGGCACCAAGGACGACCCUGCUCGUGUUGCGGAGCUGCAGUUUGAGCAAAACAACGAGGCCAGGACAAGGGGAGCUGGCCCUCGUGACGGAGAGAUCACCAACGAGACCAAGUACGAUGCGCUGAACUCGUCCACGUCUGCUUAA